GUGAGGCGGAGAAUGUGGGUCUCAGCUCUCAUUCCCACUGUCCGGGAGUGGCGCAGAUGUCCCGGUCGGGUGGGAAAGAAAUCCGUCCCGUUGGUUUUUUGUGGGGGAAGGGGGUAGGGGAGCAGAAGUAGUACGGUGGGCAGAUGUCCCCCGGCUUGCCGGGAACACUUGUCUCCUUCUCGGGAGGCCUAGUGGAGCACACAGUCUCUUGGCCAUCGGGUUUGACCCUGACCCUGCCCUCCCCCCGGAUGCCUCCAGAGCACAAGGUUAUCAUCGUGGGACUGGACAAUGCAGGAAAGACCACCAUUCUCUACCAGUUCCUAACGAAUGAGGUGGUCCACACAUGUCCCACCAUCGGUAGCAACGUGGAGGAGAUUGUUCUGCAAAAGACCCACUUCCUCAUGUGGGACAUAGGAGGACAGGAGACUCUGCGUUCCACCUGGAACACGUACUACUCCAACACUGAGUUCAUCAUCCUUGUGAUUGACAGCACAGACCGGGAUCGACUGCUGACCACUCGGGAGGAGCUGUAUAAGAUGCUGGCCCAUGAGGCUCUACGAGAUGCUUCCGUCCUGAUCUUUGCCAAUAAGCAAGACAUGAAGGACUCCAUGACCACAGUGGAGAUCUCCGAAUUCCUCACCCUUAGUGCCAUCAAAGACCACCCGUGGCACAUACAGGGCUGCUGUGCCCUCACCGGGGAAGGGCUGCCUGCCGGGCUCCAGUGGAUGCAGUCUCGGGCCACUGUCAACUAAUGGCCCAGACUGAGGCCAACCAGAAACUUUGAGGGUUUUGCCUGGACUAUGUGGGUGGAAAACCCAGUGACUAUUUAUUAUUUUUCUAUGAUUCUCUGGUGGGACCAGGGGCAGCUAUGGACAGUGAGGUUGCCGCCGUCCACCCCACCCCCCACUGAGGAGCUAGACUGAGUGCCCUGAAGUGCUGCAGACAGGACAGCAGUAAAAGCUGCCCCUCACUCCAUGGCAGUGGGUAUCCUUCUUGGAGACACCGGGGAAGCUGUUGGAUGUGCUGGGGGAUUGCGAAGUGGAGCCCCCUCCCCUCAGCCCUCAACCUCUCUGUAGGAAAAAUGGAAGGCAAAGUAAGAGACCCCUGGCAUCAUUCUUUAUAUCCUAGGACCCUACCCUUAACCCCCUCACCCCCACUCCAGCUUUCUGGCCCCUUAACCGUCUUUGUCCCAUACCCUUUGGUCAAAGGAGAUUCCAGAAAGGUGAAGGGGUCGGUUCAGGGGGAGGAGAGCAGAGCCAAAAGCUGGGAGGGGAGGGGGUGGAGGGUGUGGUGUGCUCCAAGGACAAAGAACAAGAUAGACUCAAAGGGCCAAAAUUGCCGGAACAAAGAGCUACAGGCUCCUCUCUGUACGAUGCAACAAUUGCAAUGUCCCACACUUUCCCAAGCAGCGUGCCAUGUCCCUUGCCCAUCCCAUAUAAGGAAAGAUACUUGCCCCAUUUUGCUCCAGCUCAGCACACUAAAAGUAUACAUUCUCUGCCCAGUCAGCAGAUAACUGCAGGGUCCCUGGCUGUAAAAACAGGCAAGCAACCCAUGCUCAGGGUCAGCUUUCCCUGGUUACCAGGAAGUCGGCCCGCUGUUCUAAACAGCGACCUUCUCUCUAAUAAACUCUAUCUUG